AUGAGACGCGCAGUAGACUGUUGGCCGGUCGAAGCAUCAAGCAUUAUAUCUCGUAGAUUCCGUAUUACAGGUCCAUUAUCAAGGCCGUUCAAGCACAUAUAUAGGCCUCCUUCUCCUCUUCAGUGUAUAACUGCUCUUCUCUUCUUUCUUGACCGUCAACUGGAAACACUUCAAGCCUCCCUUUUUAUAUUGGAAGUUUUACAUUACUGUCACGUGAUAUUCUCAACUUCUAGCCUGUUCGAGCUUCGUAAAAAAGACAACAUUAUUCAACAGCAAGCAAAAGAGACAAAUGGCUGUGAUGCUUUCUACUUGAUACUACUCACUCUUUCGAUCUUUAGCCGGGCGAGCUGCCCUUCAUCUUCCGCCAUGAAUCCUCAUAUCUCCGUUCCCCGGCAGCAUGCUGGCCCAGCACAGUUCGGCGGUGCCUCGCCGCAAAAUAGAAGCCCCUACAUACGGCUCCCACAGGCAUUUGGGAUGUUCAAAGUCUCGCAGAUGGACUUUGAGAUGGCCAUUUGGGAGAUGACAUCUCUUGUUAUUGCACCUAAGAAGGUGUUCAAGUCCAUGUACUAUCAUUCUAUGCCUAUACAUAACAUGCUCUACCUAUUUUCCUUCUUUUUAUAUCUGACGGGCCUAGCAUGGGGCUUUGCCUACAAACCGACCUUCGUCUCUAUAAACGCCCUCAGCUUAUCCUUUAUCUUUAUACAUUUCCUCGGUGCCUCCCUUGUCAUUUCGACGAUAAUGUACUUUUCGGUUGGCCGGAUAUUUGGUCCAAACGGACCUGCCGCGGCAAUAAGUGCGUGGAGGGGGGCAAGAUCAUCGCUGGGCCGCAUGAGACGGCGUGCGCCGGCACAGGGUCUCUUUGGACUCUCGGGGGACAAAGAACACGUUGAAUUUGGAUAUUGCUUCGAUGUGGGUCUACUUACAUUUGAUGAAUAUGCUAUAUUAUUUUUAACCACCAUUCUGCUUCAUAGGUUUCUAGCCGUGCUUUCUUCACACUCUACCUCCACCUAUACGUUCUUCAAUUUAUCCUCCUCCCCGUUCUCACGCGAGGAACGGAAUCAUCCUCCAAUUUUCUCGCCACCAUUCUAG